CGCGGCGCGGGCCGCAGAGCCGCGCUGGAGACCGGCGGGGCACCUGGGCCCGUCCGCCACCCACGGCCCCGCGCCGCCACCCACGGCCACCCCCCUUGCUCCCGUCCUUUCUCUCCUACAACUUGCAAAAGUUUCUCUCCUCACCUUUUUUUUUUUUGUUUUUACUUCGAAGGGUAGGGUAAAAUAAUAAUAAACUUUUGCAAACUUUUUUCCAGCUUUCUCCUGCUCUCCCCAGCCGGUGGAGACUUCGUCUCUCCUACUUUUACUUUUUUAACUCUUCCCUACCCCUUAGCCACCUGAUUUUUUUUUUAUUUCUAUUUUUUCAUCCCCUGUCCCCCCUCUGCCAAUUUCUCGCAUGAAUCUCCUAGACCCCUUCAUGAAAAUGACAGAAGAACAGGACAAAUGUAUCUCCGAUGCCCCCAGCCCCACCAUGUCGGAUGACUCUGCCGGGUCCCCCUGCCCCUCUGGAUCCGGCUCGGACACGGAGAACACCAGACCCCAAGAAAACACCUUCCCCAAGGGUGACACAGACCUGAAGAAGGAGAGCGACGAGGACAAGUUCCCGGUGUGCAUCCGAGAGGCGGUGAGCCAAGUGCUCAAGGGCUACGACUGGACCUUGGUGCCUAUGCCGGUCCGGGUGAACGGAUCCAGCAAAAACAAGCCCCACGUGAAGAGACCCAUGAAUGCGUUCAUGGUGUGGGCGCAGGCGGCCCGGAGGAAGCUGGCUGACCAGUACCCGCAUCUGCACAACGCAGAGCUCAGCAAAACCCUGGGCAAGCUCUGGAGGCUGCUGAACGAGAGUGAGAAGCGUCCCUUCGUGGAGGAGGCCGAGCGGCUGCGGGUGCAGCACAAGAAGGACCAUCCCGACUACAAGUACCAGCCGCGGAGGAGAAAGUCGGUGAAGAACGGGCAGUCGGAGCAGGAGGAGGGCUCCGAGCAAACCCACAUCUCCCCCAACGCCAUCUUCAAGGCGCUGCAGGCGGACUCCCCGCAGUCAUCCUCCAGCAUCAGCGAGGUGCACUCCCCCGGGGAGCACUCGGGGCAAUCGCAGGGCCCCCCCACGCCCCCCACCACCCCCAAGACGGACACGCAGCCGGGCAAGCAGGACCUGAAGCGCGAGGGGGGUCGCCCCCUGCAAGAAGGCGGCCGGCAGCCGCCCCACAUCGACUUCCGAGACGUGGACAUCGGUGAGCUCAGCAGCGACGUCAUCUCCAACAUCGAGACCUUCGACGUCAACGAGUUCGACCAGUACCUGCCCCCCAACGGCCACCCGGGGGUCCCGGCCACCCACGGCCAGCCCGGCCAGGUCACCUACACCGGCAGCUACGGCAUCAGCAGCACGUCGGGUUCGCCGAGUGGCGCCGGCCACGUCUGGAUGUCGAAGCAGCAGCCGCAGCCGCCGCCGCAGCCACCGCCGCAGCCGCAGCACGGGCUGGCGGCGCUGAGCGGCGAGCAGGGCCCCGCGCAGCAGCAGCGGCCGCACAUCAAGACGGAGCAGCUCAGCCCCAGCCACUACAGCGAGCAGCAGCAGCACUCCCCGCAGCAGCUCAGCUACGGCUCCUUCAACCUCCAGCACUACGGCUCGUCCUACCCCCCCAUCACCCGCUCCCAGUACGACUACAGCGACCACCAGAACUCCGGCUCCUACUACAGCCACGCCGGGGGGCAGAGCGGUGGCCUCUACUCCACCUUCAGCUACAUGAGCCCCACGCAGCGCCCCAUGUACACCCCCAUUGCAGACACUUCGGGGGUGCCCUCCAUCCCCCAGACCCACAGCCCGCAGCACUGGGAACAGCCCGUCUACACGCAGCUCACCAGGCCCUAAAGCCGUUUAAAAAGAAUAAUAAAAAAUAAAUCUAAAAAAAAAAAUCAACAUCGAAAAAAUAAAUCACAGAAGCAGCAGCAAGAACGGAGAACUCCCUCAGACUAUUGUCUUUCUUUGAAAUUAAAUAAUAAUUAAUAAAGACGCUACAUUUGAAGCUGGCAGGGAGGAGAGGGCGCCUGGACCCUCCUGCGCUGGGGCAGCCUCCGGAGCACCCAGAACUCGGGCCGGGCUUUGCCAAGGACUGGACUUUAAUCCGCUUCCAAGGCGCGGCGUGGAAACGACACUUGUAACCAACCGGCUCCUUGACUUGUUCUCUGGACUUCUGUAAUGAUUUGAGGGGUUUUUUAGCAGUAAUUAAAAAAGAAAAAAAAUGGGGGGUGGGGAAGAGAAAACUCAAGAGUCCUCUGUGAGGAACAUUCUCUAUUUUAAAUAUUUUUUAGUAUGUACUGUGUAUGAUCCGUCACCAAUUUGAGGGGAUUUAUACAUAUUUUUUAGAGAUUUUUUUAAAACGCUCUUAUUUUUCCAACAGCUAAAAAAACAAAACAAUGACGCUUAGCGGAGCAGUCCGAGGGUUUCUUGCAGAGAUAUUUUUGUAUAGAUAAGUGUCUCUUUCUCUACAAAUAAAGCAGCAACCCGGCGUGGUUGUAACGCUCGGUUAGCGGCCGGCGUCAGGUCGGCUCCGCAGUGCGGGAUUGAGCGGGGAACGAGUGCGGGAGAGGCUUUAUUUUUCUAACUAAGAGCAAAACCAGCCGGGAGGAGAUUUUUAACUGUAUUUUUUCAUAACCUUGGGCCUUAAGAAAGAAAAACAAAGAGAUUUUUUUUAAAAAAAUAAGAAGAACAGCCCAAAGUGCUGUUGAGAAGCCUUAAGAGCAGCCCUGUGCUGAUCACCUGUCCCCAGCUCUGGGGCUGGGGGGCCAGGUCGACCCCCUCCGAUCAACCCCCCACCCACCCCAGGCCUGAUGCAAAGCCCACCCAGCGGCUCCUUCUGCUCGCAGGACAUCACCGAUACUUUACAUUAUUUAUUUUGUGAGAAGAGCAGUUUUUAAUCACAUUUAUUUUGUUUUUUGAGUCUCCCUUCUAUUCUAAGUCGUUUCAAAAGCAUUUGCAUUUGGAGCAUUAUUUGGAAGGUAACCGUGCCUGUUAAAUUAUGGUCUAAACUGUAACCAGUCCUUUAUUUAUCUCUUUAAUUCUUUGUUAUUAUUAUUAUUAUUAUUCUUUUUGGAAUCUGUGUCCUGGGUUUGUACAAACUUGUGCUCUUCCUUUGUUUUUUUUUUUUUCUUUUGUCUUAAGGAUAAACUGGAAAAAAAGAAGAAACUGUACAAACUGCAGAUUGCAAAUGUAGCGCAUCACUGAACCAUUCGCCUUGUUUUGUGCCUCAGCCCUCGGGGCCACGCGAGCUGGUGCGAGGACGAGACCCGGCGCCCUGGCAGCGCUUUCAGGCUCCCCCCACGGGCGCGGGGGAGGCUGUGGCUGAACAGCUAAGGAUUGCUUUUUAAAAAAGACAAACUUUUUUUAUUUAAAAAAAAAUGAUAUAUUUGUUAACAUUUUUUUUUUUUUUAGGGAUUCAGUAGAAAAAAAAAAUCUUAAAGCACUCUUAUAAUAUGGCAUCUUCCUAUUUCUGUAUAAAAGCAGAUCUUUUUAAAGUAUUUCUGUAACUUAAAAGACCUGUCAUUUAAAUCAUAUUUUGUCUCUAGGUAAGUUUUUGGUUUGUUUUGUUUGCAAGAUCCUUCUCUUUGUGAAACUUACCUUUUUUUUUUUUUUUUUGUAUAUUAUUGUUUGCAAUAAAUACACAUUGUAUUAAAAGUUAA